AUGAGACUGGCUCGUAGUGGACCAUGGAAUGGAAUUUACUUUGGAUUGAUUUCAUCGGAUCCAGACAUGAGUAUUGAACCAAUUCUGGUUGAUAAUCAGGAUGAGAUUUGUUACACAUACAAGUCUUACAACAACCCAACUAUCAUGUUAUUAAAACUAAACAAACCAGGGCCAUCUGAUCCCUGUGGACAUUAUGGGAAUUGUGGUACUAAUACCGAUUGCAGCAAUAACAAGACACAUCUUUGCGAGUGUUUGAAGGGGUUUAAGCUCAAAUCACAGCACAACCAGACUUGGCCUAAAACAUUUGUGACAAGUUAUCGAUUUGAUUGCAAAAGUGAAGGCAAGUUUAUGAAGCUUUCUGGGAUUAAAUUGCCUGACUUUCUAGAGGUCUCACCAAACGAAAGUAUGAAUCUUAGAGAUAGUGACGCCAAGUGUUUGAAGAACUGUUCUUGUAGAAAUUAUGCUAUUUCUGAUGUAACUGGAGGAGGCAGCGGCUAUUUGAUGUGGUUUGGGGACUUGAUUGACAUCAAGAAAAUAACAAACGGAAUGGAUGUAUACAUAAGAAUGUGA